UCCCACAGGCUCCAACUUAUAAAUACAGAACUCCCACCCUCCAUCAGUCUACCUUUUACAGAAGAGGACCUGAGUUGGUCUGAGGCCUCCAGCCAUUUGCCACCUGCCCACCUGCGAGGGCAUCCCUGGGAUAGCCAUGAAGUCGCUCGCCCUGCUUCUGUGCUUGGCACAGCUCUGGGGCUGCCACUCUGCCCCACCAAACCUGGGCAUGACCUACAGGGAACUGAGCUGUGAUGAUCCAGAAACUGAGCAAGUAGCCCAGGUGGCUGUGGACUACCUCAAUGCAAACCUUCAACGAGGAUACAAGCAUGCCCUGAACCAGAUUGACAAAGUGAGGGUGUGGCCUCGGCGGCCCAUGGGAGAGGUGUUUGAACUUGAAAUAGACACGCUGGAAACAACCUGCUAUGCCCUGGACCCCACCCCUGUAGCAAACUGCACCGUGAGGCAGUUGUCGGAGCAUGCAGUGGAAGGAGACUGCGAUAUCCGGGUGCUGAAGCAAGAUGGCCAGUUUACUGUGUUGUAUGCAAAAUGUGAUUCCAGCCCAGACUCUGCGGAGGACGUGCGCAAACUGUGCCCAAAUUGCCCCCUGCUGGCCCGGCUUAACGACACCAAGGUGGUGCACGCCGUAGACGCUGCCCUGACAGCCUUCAAUGCUCAGAGCAACGGCUCCUAUCAGCUUGUGGAAAUUUCCCGAGCUAAACGUGUGCCUCUUCCAGUUUCUACCUAUGUGGAGUUUGCAGUGGUUGCUACUGAUUGUGCUACUAAAGAUGUCGUGGACCCAGCCAACUGCAACCUGCAGGCAGAAAAGCAUUAUGGCUUCUGUAAGGCGACGCUCACUGAGAAGCCUGAUGGGGAAGAUGUUGCAGUGACCUGCACAGUGUUCCAAACACAGCCUGCAGUUCUGCAGCCACAACCAAGUGGUCCCAACGUGGAAGUGGAUGCAGCUGCUCCAGCGCCCUCUCCAGCUAACCCACCAGUGGCUGCCCUGGUGGGUGGACCCGUGGUAGUGGCAGCUCCCCAACCACCCCCAGUGCACCGGGCGCAUUAUGACCUGCGCCAUGCCUUCACAGGUGUGGCCUCAGUGGAGUCCACCUCCGGAGAAGCAUUCCACCAUAGGAAACCACCUGUGGUGGUGGGGCCUAGGCCUGUUACCCCAGUGGCUCGCCCAUGCCCAGGGAGGAUCAGACACUUCAAGAUUUAG